GAAAACAAGGAGCAGCUGCGGGAGAAUAUUGUUCAUGCCGCCAGUGAUCAACGCAGGCGGCAGACAUCGGAUGAUGACGAUGGCCAUCGUCGUCGGAGGAAUUCAUGGAGAAGGAGCAGGAGACGGCGACGAUGUUUCCUACUAAACUAGGCGAGAUGGGGUGGUGGGGUCCUCCCUAUAACCCUAGAGGCCGGUCCUUGUCGCGUGAAUCGCACUCGAGCCAAUCAACUCGGGGCCGGACGACGAAUCAUCACGUCGGGUUCUUGCAUUCCCAGCCGUAUUUAUACGGCGAGGCAGUUCACGCCACAGGGCGUGGAACGGGAGGGGACAAGACCCGUAACAAGAAGUGGCGCCCAAAAGUUGGCGAGCCAAGCUUCCGAGAUAAUGCUUCACGAGGUUGGCAUUCUCUAAUGCUCGCACAUACGGUGGUUUAUCUGAAGUGUGGGAUAUUUGGUUUUUCACACUUCCGUAGGGAGAGCCAUCUGUUAUCAGGAAAAGCAGCAUGGCGCCUUUCUGACUUUCCGGCAUCUGGUCUCUCUCAGAAUCUCAAAGUGCCAAGGUCUAGAUACACGAAAAUGUCAUUGCAAGUAAUAGAGAAAAUGGAGAACGAUCUAGCUUUUAAGCGCAAUCAAGAUCUGCCUCUUUCAUCUUCUUAUGAAGCUGCAAUGGAAGCACUUUCCUCGCUCAUAACACGUCAGAAACGUGGAGACCGAACACCUGUUGGUGGAAAGUUUGGGAAACUGGAAAGAAUGUCAAUGUAUCUCAGGAUACUCGGGUUGGAGGAAAAGAUUGCUGGGCUUAAAAUAAUACAUGUUGCUGGAACUAAAGGGAAGGGUUCGACAUGUGCUUUCUGUGAGGCUAUUUUGCGAGAGUGUGGAUUUAGGACUGGACUGUUCACAUCUCCUCACCUAAUUGAUGUGAGGGAAAGGUUCCGUUUGGAUGGGUUGGACGUGUCUGAGGAUAAGUUCCUGCUAUAUUUUUGGGAUUGCUGGAGUCAACUGAAGGAAAAUGUUUCGGAAGAUCUACCAAUGCCACCAUUAUUCCAAUUUCUCACGAUACUGGCUUUUAACAUGUUCAUAUCUGAACAGGUUGAUGUGGCAAUAAUUGAGGUGGGUCUUGGAGGUACAAAGGACUCAACAAAUGUGAUAAAAGAGCCUGUUGUUUGUGGCAUUACUUCCCUUGGGAUGGAUCAUACAGAAUCUCUGGGAGACACCCUAGGGCAGAUUGCUUCUCAUAAGGCUGGGAUUUUCAAGCCUCAAAUACCAGCAUUCACUGUUCCCCAACUAUCUGAGGCAAUGGAUGUUCUUGAGGAGACAGCGGGUGGACUAACGGUUCCAUUGCAAGUAGCUGUACCGCUUGAUAUUCAAAGGUGGGGCGGAGAAACACUUAGCCUGUCUGGUGAUCACCAGCUUGUCAAUGCUGGGCUUGCUGUUUCACUCUGCAAAUGCUGGCUUCAGAGAACCGGAAACUGGGAAAAACUACUCGAAAAGAAGCAGGAUGAGGAGGUGGUGGGAUCAGAACUGCCUCCUGCAUUUGUCAGAGGUCUCUCAACAGCACGCCUUUCUGGAAGGGCACAGAUUGUCCAUGAUACUCCUUUGAUGUUGAAUGGCUCAGCAGAUACUUCGGAAAAUUCAGGAGAGUUGACUUUCUACUUGGACGGAGCUCAUAGUCCUGAGAGCAUGGAGGCUUGUGCCAGAUGGUUCUCUGGUGCUGCUAAAGCAAACAAAACAUUAUUGCCAUUGUCAUCACCACCAUCUACUUCUUUUGAUGUUCGCAAUAUGAAGUCAUUCUGGGGAAAUGGCUGCCUCAAUUAUGAAAAGGAUUGUGUGAAUUCAUCUAAUAAGAUGUCAAAGCAGAUUCUAUUAUUCAAUUGCAUGGAUGUUAGAGACCCUCAAAUUCUGCUCCCGCGACUUGUGAAUAUUUGUGGUUCAUCAGGGACCCAUUUCUCAAAGGCUUUGUUUGUCCCUAGCAUGUCAACAUAUAGUAAAGUCACUUCUGGUACUUCGGUUAUUACAUCAGAUGUCCCUACCAACAGGGACUUGUCAUGGCAGUAUAACCUCCAAAGGAUUUGGGAGAAGAUUAUACAUGGCAAAGAUGUUUCCCAUGACAAGAGUUCCAAGACGGAUGGUGUAGACUUCUUGCCCCCUCACAAGUUUCUUUACGAAGACGUUUCCAAUUGCAAUCCGGCAGAUCGGAAUUUCGCUUGCAGUGCGGUGAUGCCUUCGUUGCCAUUGACAAUAAAGUGGCUAAGGGACUGUGUUAAGGAAAACCCUUCUUUACGCCUUCAGGUACUAGUCACCGGUUCGCUGCAUCUGGUAGGGGAUGUGCUCAAGCUAUUGAGGAGCACACAGAGCCAAAUUGACGAUUGAGUUUCCUGCAACUGGGUCAUUACCUACUCCUGGAGUUGGAAUGUAGCUCCGUACGAUUUGAAGGACAAGUUGUCGCUCUGAAACACAGUUCUAGCAGUUCCUGGUUACGGUUCAGAUAAAAUAAUCUUGGAUGUAAUAUCUCUGAAGAAUAAACAUCCAUGACAGGGCAGCAGCAAAGAGGACUGCCGAUAUGCCAACGUACAAGCAUUUUGUAGCCUGUAAUUGCUACGACAUGUGAAGUUUAGACUGAAGAUAGUUUUGAACACGAGUGGAAAUGCAAUGUAAAAUCUUCCUAAAGUGACUAUUUGUAUGUAAAUGGGGGUGAAAAGUAAAUCCACCACCCCCAGUGAAAAAAAUGUUUGAGUUUAUGAAUAAAAUAUAAGAAGAUUGGCAUUC